GAGUCGGCAGAAGAAGAGACGCUGACAGCAGACAGAGCUAAACACAUCAUCAUCACUCAAUUAUCCUCACUGUUUUAACCUUUUUAUCAUAUUUUAUAUUUAUUUCCAACCAUGGAGUUGUCUGAAAUAUUGUACAACAAAGCGGAGUACAUUGAAACGGCGUCUGGCAACAAAGUGAGCAGACAGUCAGUGCUGUGUGGGAGUCAAAACAUCGUUCUCAAUGGCAAAACUAUUGUUAUGAAUGACUGCAUCAUCAGAGGAGACCUGGCUAAUGUCAGGGUGGGCCGGCACUGUGUGGUGAAGAGCCGGAGCGUCAUUCGACCACCUUUCAAAAAGUUCAGCAAAGGUGUGGCAUUUUUCCCGCUGCACAUCGGAGACCACGUCUUCAUCGAGGAGGACUGUGUGGUCAACGCAGCACAGAUUGGCUCCUACGUCCACAUUGGCAAGAACUGUGUCAUAGGUCGUCGCUGUGUGCUGAAGGACUGCUGCAAGAUCUUAGACAACACCGUGCUCCCUCCUGAGACCGUGGUGCCGCCGUUUACCGUCUUCUCUGGAUGUCCAGGUUUAUUUUCGGGUGAGCUCCCAGAAUGCACGCAGGACCUGAUGAUCGAUGUAACCAAGAGUUAUUACCAGAAGUUCCUGCCUCUCAGCCAAAUCUGAGUCCUGACCCAAAACCGUCAGCAGGAUCCAAAACCCUUUCCGGGUCAGGAUCCCUCAUCAGAAAUGGACUCUGAGAGCUCACCUCCUGUCCUUCACCUCCCACAGGCCCUGAGUUUCUUUGCCUAACAACAAACAUUUGGCCCAUUUAAGAAGAUUUAUAUGAUUCUAGUUUUUGAGCACAUCAGGAAUAAAAUCUGGUUUUGCUGCAGAAGGCAAGUUUGUGUGUUUGCAGCUCCAAAUCUCAGUGAAAGUCUUCAUUAAGAUGCACACUGCACGCUCAUGUUUUUGUCUGAGAUGCCUUCAAGUGGCACAGAAAAAAAAUCUGUAGGCUCUCAGUUUUAGAUUUUUUUCUAAUGAAUGCUUUGAUUUUCCAGUGAAGAUAUUUAUGGAGGUUGAUUGUUAGUAUAAUGUUGAGAAACUCGAGGACCUCGGUGUGGCUUAUCACAAUCUUUGCCGUCUGGCAGCAGCUGUAGGUGAAGAUGAGGAGGUGGAGGAGCAGCGAGACGAAGGAGGUGAAGCUUGUAAUAUUCUGUAUGACACCAAUGGACCAAAACAACAGCAGCAUCAGCAGCAACGAUUGAGGAUGUUGGCUGCACGCGUGCGUUAUUCAUGACCACGUUUCAUGUGGGAAACACUCAUAACACCAAUCGUUGUUUUAGUCUUGUUUGUCAUUUUAUUUCUAAUGUGGAAGAACUUGUUUGCUUUUUCUUUCAGCAGCUUGUGUAAUUUGUCAUGAGACGUAUUUAAUAUUUUGGUGAUUUUUGUUAUUGCAUUAUGUUUUAAACAAACAACUGCAAUGUUGAUUUGAAUAUGAGUGUCCAAAUAUGCGUGUGCUUUGCCUUUGUCGUAUUCAGCGAGCGUACAACAGCCAGAGCCGACAUCUGAAAUAAUGCCGCAAUUAAAUAAAUAUAAAUGCUUAAAAAUCUG